CUAAAGCAUGCUAAGAAAGUAGUGCCUACUCAAGACACGACACACAUACACCGGCUGUACGCUCUUUCUGUACACUACUGACCGAUUCUUCUCCUAUGUAGAUUACUAAACGUUGAAUCAUGGCAGGGGAGACUGAAUAUGAAGGGGAAUCGUCCACGUCGAUACCGAUGCUUCUUGUUAAUGCGGCCUUCGAGUAUGACACCCAGAAGAUUGUUCACAUCAAGAAUAAGAAGAUUGGAUUCCUAAAUCGUCUUAUGCAGCUUGCCAUCAUUGGCUACAUCAUUGGGUAUGCCAUUGUUUACAAGAAAGGAUACCAGUCAACGGAUAUUGUUGUAAGUUCCGUCACAUCCAAGAUGAAGGGUGUCUCCUAUACCAACAUCAGCGGCCUACCAGAUCUAAACAUCGAUGAAAACGAGACUGCUCCAUACAAUAGGAUAUGGGAUGUUUCAGACUAUGUCAUACCUCCCCAGCAAUCUGAUGCUUUUUUUGUGAUGACCAACAUGAUUAUUACGCCCAACCAAAAAAGAGGAAAAUGUGCUGAGGAUCCAGAUAUGUUCAAUGUUAGUUGUUCGCCAUCUGCCCAACAAUGCCAAAAGGGAGUUCCAGUUCCCAACGGAAAUGGAGUCCAAACUGGGGAGUGUGGUAACUUCACAUUCCCAAAUGGUAGCACAACUCAUACAUGUGAGAUCUUUGCCUGGUGUCCAGUGGAGUAUGACGUAAACCCAACGCAGAGUGAGCCGGUGCUGAAUGAUGCUCGAGACUUCACUGUUCUCAUUAAGAACACGGCUACGUAUCCAAAGUUCAAUUUCUCAAAGAGAAAUAUUCUUGAAAGUUCCAAUAAAACUUAUCUUCAGAAGUGUAAGUACAACAGCCAUACAGAUCCAUACUGUCCGAUCUUCAGGUUGGGAGACAUCGUCCAUGAGACGGGGGAGGACUUUAAAACAAUGGCGUAUAGUGGAGGAGUUGUAGCAAUCUCUAUCAACUGGGAUUGUAAUUUGGAUUAUAGUCAGAAAGAAUGUCGUCCUGUUUAUACAUUUGCAAGACUGGAUAAUAAGGAUGCCAAACUGGCAAAGGGCUAUAACUUCAGAUAUUCCCACUACUACCAGGACACUGGAGGUGCUGAUUCACGUACAUUAUACAAGGCCUAUGGUAUUCUCUUUAAGAUCAUUGUUACAGGCACUGCAAGAAAGUUUGACUUUGUACCUCUGAUGCUGAAUAUAGGAUCUGGCUUAGCGCUGCUGACCAUGUCGACCAUUGCCUGUGAUAUCAUCGUAUGUUACAUCUUAAAGGGGCGCGACUACUACAAGAAGAAGAAAUACAUGAAUGUGAACCCUGAUGAUGACGCCGAUUAUCAAGUCUUUAAUUGAAGAAACAAACAAGUCAGAACAUCCACAAAUAAGAGAUGUUUAAUUUGCAUCGGGAUAAAUAUUUUUGUAUCCCUGAUGCAAAUUUGACAUCUCUUUUAUUGUUGCGG